AUGCCGCCUCGACUCAACAAGCUCUGGCGUCCCGUCGCCGCGGCCACCGCCGUCACGGCCGUCACCCUCGGCGGAACAGUUAUUUACUCCCGCGCCAACAAGAAUCUCUCGCACGACAAGGCCGUCGUGCCCGUCCAGCGCGACAACAAGGGUAAAAUCGUCCCGCCUGCGUUCUCAGCCGUCAAAAGUCGCGCUGAACAGCUCGCCGAGCUGAGGAGACACAACAAAAAGGACGCCGAGUACGAUGUCCUCAUUAUCGGAGGCGGUGCCACUGGCACGGGUAUUGCGCUGGACGCCGUAACGCGAGGAUUAAAGGUCGCCGUGGUUGAGCGAGACGACUUCUCUGCCGGGACGAGCUCCAAGAGCACCAAGCUUGUACACGGUGGAGUGCGAUAUCUCGAAAAGGCCGUCUGGAAUCUUGACUACCCGCAGCUGGAACUUGUCAUUGAGGCGCUCCGUGAGCGAAGGGGCUUUUUGAACAUUGCACCUCACUUGUCUAGUUCUCUUCCCAUCCUGUUGCCUCUGCAAAGCUGGUUCCAGGCGCCGUACCUCUGGGCCGGAUGCAAAAUGUACGAUUUACUCGCCGGUUCUCAAGGACUGGAAUCGUCCUACUUGCUCAGCCGUAGCAAGGCGAUCGAUUCGUUCCCCCUGCUCAAGAAGGAUAAACUGGUCGGCGCGCUCGUCUACUACGACGGCCAGCACAACGACUCUCGUAUGAAUGUGUCUCUCGCCCUGACUGCUUCGCUGUACGGCGCCACGAUCCUAAACCACGUCGAGGUCACGGGCUUGGAAAAGGAUGCCGAUGGCAAGAUCUGCGGCGCCCAGGUGCGCGAUCUCAUGACCGACGACGAAUCUUCCUCUCAGCCAUUCACUGUCCGCGCAAAGGGUGUCAUCAACGCUACUGGUCCGUUUACCGACGCCGUUGAGAAGAUGGACGAUCCGGAGCGCAAGGAAAUCGUUGCCCCUGCAUCAGGUGCCCACGUCAUGCUGCCUGGAAAAUUGUGCCCCAAGGGAAUGGGGAUCUUGGAUGCGGCCACCUCUGACGGACGAGUCGUCUUUGUCUUGCCUUGGCAGGGAAUGACGGUGGCUGGUACCACGGAUAAUGCUUGUGUCGUGGAAAAGGAACCUGUUGCGCGACAGGACGACGUUGAUUUCAUCCUCAAGGAGGUUAGCAAGUUGUUGGAGCCGGAGAGUGUUUUGACCCGCGACGACGUCCUUGCUACUUGGUCUGGCAUCCGACCAUUAGUUCGUGACCCCAAAGCCGGCAACACCGAAUCCCUCGUCCGUUCUCACCUCGUCACCGUCUCACCCUCCGGCCUGCUCACCUGCGCGGGCGGCAAAUGGACCACGUACCGCCAAAUGGCCGAAGACGCCGUCGACGAAGCCAUCAAGACAUUCAACCUGACGCCCCAGUCCAUCGCCCUCCCCGACCUCAGCGGCUACAACCUCCCCGGCACCAUCACCAACGGCAAAUGCAAGACGCUGACCACACCCGUCCUCGGCUCCCACGGCUACUCUACCGCCCUGCCCUCGCAGCUCAUGGAGUCGUACCCCCUCGACGCCGACAUCGCGCACCACCUCGCCACCAACUACGGCGAUCGGGCGUGGGCCGUCCUCGCUGCUUCUCCCUCCGUCACCCGUCUGGCCCCCUCGUUUCCCUUUAUCGAGUCGGAGCUUCGUCAUGCUGUUCGCUCAGAGGCGGCGUGCACGGCAGCGGAUGUCAUUUCCCGAAGAACGAGACUUGCCUUUUUGGAUGUGGAUGUUGCGCUGCAUGCGCUGCCGCGGGUGAUUGACGUUAUGGGCGAGGAGUUGCAGUGGUCGGAGGGCAGGAAGCAGCGCGAGUGGAGGGACACGGUGCAGUUUAUGAAGUCGAUGGGUUUGGAUGAGGAUAAGUUGACGGUGACGAGGGAGGAGGUCCUGAAUGGGCAGGUUAGGGCGCGGAGGACGCUGGGCGGGAAAGAGACAGCCAAGGAGGGGAUUCAGAUUCCGUUGGGGCGGGAGUUGGAAGCUGGUGCUAUGAGGAAUGCUGCGUGA